AGAGUUUAAUGAAUCUGUACUAAGUGUGUCAGUGAAAUUUAUGUUACAGUUAUUCACAGCUCCAGGGUUCCUGGUUCUAUCUUGAGCUCGGCUUACUGUCUGUUUAGCAUUUCGCAUGUUCUCGCCAUGUCUAUAUGGGUUCUCUGGUUUCCUUCCACCUCCCAAAUAAAUGGUAGUAGGUGUCUAUGUUAAAUUGCCCCUAGGUAUGAAUGAGUGUAGGAAUGUUUGUGUGCAUGGUACCCUACUAUGGACUGACGUCCCAUCUGAGGUGUAUUCUAGCCUAAUGCCUAGUGUUCCCAGAAUAGGCUAUGGAUCCUUCGUGACCCUGACCAGGAUAAAGCGGUUACUGAAGAGGAAGAUUUAAAUGCUCGGAUGCUAGAGAGCUAUUCACCUGGUAAAAUAAAAAGAUAUACUGUAUAACUUCAGGGGGAGAGACUGCGGGGAAUACGGUUUAUAGUUUACCUUUACAAAUGAUUUAAGGUACAUAAAUUAACCAUCAUUAGUUUUUGGAGUAAAGCAUUAGAGGUACACUACAUGCACCAUUCUAGCUAAAAGACAGGGUGAAUUCAGGUACAGUAUAUUAGAACAUCAGGUAAACUGGGACAGUUUUACUUAGCAGCAUUUAUUUUACAGCCAUUGCAGUGGAAAUGCUUGAUAGAAAUAACAUGAUUUAAUUGAUGUGACCAGUGGGGUGAGGUAAACAUCAAACAGGAAGUUGACUCCAAAAAGUUUGAGAUAGGGAAAAAACUUACAUAAUAAGGUAAUGAAUAAGGUAGCGAGGGAAACAGAAUGUUACUUAGGCCUACUACUGAGUAUGCAGCGAUUUUCACAUAGUGAGAUGUGUUUAUAAUAUUUUAGAGACUCAUUCUGAUUAAUUCUGUGAUUUUAUGUUAUGCUUCUACUGCAAAAAAUAAAAGAUAAAUUAUAAAUAAUGUAUAAAUAAAUUAUAAAAAUUGACUUAACUUUCAGUAGUGGUAUUCUAUCAUGAUUUUACUUAAAGGUGCAUUAGGCAAGAUUCGUUUUAGUGUUUGUUUUUUUGUGAAUUUUUUUUUUUUUUUUUAAAGAUUAAGUCUCUGACGGUUAGGUGGGUUCGACAUUUGAAUGAUUCCCGCCCCCAGAAUCAUUGGUGGCCCCGUAUAGAGUCUACAAAAUACAGUUACAGAAGUGACAGGAUGCGUAUCCAAACACAAACAAGAAAAAAAAUCAACAAUUGCACCUUUAAUAUGCAUACUGGAUUUUUUUUUUUUUAUAGAAAAUAUGGGUUUGAAUUGAAAUAUAAACAGUAUUAUUGUUAUGAUGGGUGUAAGAAAUGAAUUAUGAAUGUAGUCACAACUUAAUAUGUACUUAUAACUGUGUUCAUAAAUAAAUACAUAAACAAGUCUGCUACAAAUAAGUACGUUUUUUUGGUUUGUUCUUGUUGUCAUUGAGGGUGAAAGUAAAACCCUAAACCAAUGAAACAAUGUGUCCCAAAUGACCAAACCUGACAUUUCAGAUUGGUUUUCAUCCAACCUUGACAAAUGGAUCAGCCAUGCUAUUUUACAUUAUGAUAUCAACAUUUCACAUGUGGAUAGUCAACAUUGUGAGGAUUUCACAAAUGCAUCAUAUCUUGGGAAUUUUCUUUUAUUAAUGGCAACAAAGUGUGGAUAAUAUGGAAACGGAAAAUCUGUUCCAGUAAAUCUGAUUUCCCUCUACACAGCCUACUAAUGAUACAGAAGGUGAAGGCAGCACCACAGCGACAUGGAAUGGCACAGUUUAGUACCUUUUUUUUCUGGCACUGUGUCGAUUCUUAUGGAAAUGUUACCAGUAGGCUAAGACUUUGCUCCACUCUAUCUGAUGAAAGUGUGUUAAGAGCCGUUACACAGCUGUCAGAGAAAGCCUGACACAAUCCAGACCCUCAUCUCUGUUCUGCUGCUCUGAUUAACAUCUACACAAACACCUCUUCGCGGAGCUCAGCACGCUUUCUGAACUCAGUCUGUCAGCAAUUCCAGCGCAUUAAAACAAAUUCCCAUGAAACAAAUCCCGCCGUGCUUCAUUAAACCAGCGCGCGACACAACAGCUCCAUCGUUGCGCAAAAGUUGCGCGAGACUCCCUCCUCCAGCUUUACCAACCCAUGCAGGGCUUCACUGAGGCACACAAUCUUAUUACGCACGUGCAUGGAGGAACAAAAAAGAAAAAAAAAACCCAAACGUGCUCAUAACUCUUUCGUAGGCGUAUAGGCGUACUCCCGAGAUCCACAGCACUCCAACUACAAUAAAACCAGCCUCAGAUACCGGAACGCGCGCACUAGACUACUACACGCUCAGAAAGCUUUACACACUACCCGGCGAAUUUGUGCGCAAGUAUAGAGAGUGUCCCCUAAAAUAAUGAUUGCAUGCUAUAUAGUAGGCUAGUGUGCACUUUUUAGGAGGCAGCCCUGCUUCUUUGCGCUCUGUGCGCGCGCGGUGACGUCAGCACCUCUCUGCGCUGGGUAGAAGUCACUCCGGCUGUGUGGAGCGCGCGCGCGCGCGCACACACACACACACACACACACACAGUUAACCAAGUGGAGAGAGAGAGAGAGAGAGAGAGAGACGGAGCCGACUUUAGUUGUACCGCGCAAACCCGUUAAAAGCCGGAGUACUGAAGCAGUGGAGGUGCGGGACACCACGCACAUCGACACAUUUGCGUUUUUCCCCCUGGAGCUCGGGGGUUAGCGUCCGCUACUCUCCUGCAAUGGAUAGAGUUUUAACUUGUCUCCUGGCUGUACUCAGUUUACUGCUUUCAGCUCGAGGACAAGUAUUCAGAGGAGACUGUAACUUCGAAAGGCCCUACUCAGAGUGUGGCUACAGCCAAGGCAAAGAUGAUGACUUUGAGUGGGAACAGGUCAACACGAAGCUGAGGCCAUCAACAGACCCCUGGAUACCAGCAGGCUCAGCCUUUAUGAUGGUCAACACUUCUGGAAGGUACCCUGGACAGAGAGCUCAACUAGUUGUCCCUCAGCUGAAGGAGAACGAUACACACUGCCUUAUUUUCCAGUAUUAUGGAGCCAGUGGUGAGGGCUCGAGUCCUGGCCAGCUCUACAUCUAUGUCAAAGAGAACAACAGCCCAGUGGGCUUCCCGGUGUGGAACUCAUCCGGACCUGCCUUUCAUACGUGGAGGCAAGUUGAACUAGCAGUCAGCACCUUCUGGCCCAACUUUUACCAGCUCAUCUUUGAAGUCGUGACCUCAGGACAGCCAGGGUUGCUGGCUAUUAAGGACAUUUCUCUCCAGGGACAUCAGUGCAUGAGCACACCACACUUCCUGCAUAUUAAAGGUGUAGAGGUUAAUGCCAGGCAAACAGCUACUUUCCACUGCACCAUCAACGGCCAGCCCAAGGACCACGUGAACUACAAACUGUGGUUACAGGGUAUCGCAGGCCGAGAGGCUCCGAUGAAGGACACGAAGCCAGUGAACACCAGGCGCUACAUGGCAGCGUUUGACGUGGUGAACACCACCAAGGUUGAUUCAGGCCGUUAUCGCUGCAUCGUCCAAUCAGACAAGGGAGUGGGCGUGUCCAACUAUGCUGAGCUUAUAGUGAAGCAACCACCAAUCCCAAUCGCACCACCUCAGCUGACCGCAGUGGGUGCCACCUAUCUGUGGAUCCAGCUCAAUGCUAACUCAAUCAAUGGUGACGGCCCUAUCAUCGAGAAAGAGGUGGAGUACCGCACCAUGUCAGGAAGCCUGAUUGACAACCAGCCUGUGGACAAGCCAAACCACAAGAUCGGCCAUCUUGACCCAGACACUGAGUAUGAGAUCAGUGUUCUUCUAACAAGACCCAACGAGGGCGGCACUGGAGCUCCAGGUCCACCACUGCGUGCCAGGACCAAGUGUGCUGACCCCAUGCACGGCCCUCGGCGGUUGGAGGUGGUGGAGAUCAAAUCCAGGCAGAUCACUGUACGCUGGGAGCCUUUCGGCUACAACGUGACGCGGUGCCACACCUACAACCUGACAGUGGAGUACCGCUACAAAGUGAACGGCAAGGAGGAGACACGAGAGGAAGUGUGCUACGAGUUGCAGAGCCCGACACCACAACACACCAUCCGCAACCUGUCGCCCUACACAAACGUCAGUGUCAAGCUGGUGUUGCGAAACCGAGAGGGUGAAAAGGAGAGCCAGGAGCUGGACGUUCUCACAGAUGAGGAUGUACCAGGCGCCGUGCCCCCUGAGUCCAUUCAGGGAAGUACAUAUGAAGAGAAGAUCGCCCUCAAAUGGCGAGAGCCCAUACAGACUUACGGAAUCAUAAAGCAGUACGAAAUAUUUUACAAGGGCAGGAACUCCUUUGACCCAGAGUUCAAUGUGGCCAAUCAGAGUGGGAAGGUGUUAAAGCCCAGUAAUGAAACUUCUCACGUGUUUACGGGGCUGUCCCCAGGCUGUACCUACUCAUUUACCAUCAGAGCCAGCACUGUCAAAGGCUACGGUUCUCCGGCCUCAAAGGAGUUCACCACUAAGAUCUCGUCUCCACACAUGCCUGGCUAUGAUCAGGAGACACCGCUCAACCAGACGGACAGCACUGUAACAGUCCUGCUGAAGCCUGCACAGAGCAGAGGAGCACCAGUCAGUGUGUACCAGGUAGUGGUAGAGGAAGAGCGGCCACGCCGAGCGCAGCGCACUGCUGAGAUUCUGCGCUGCUACCCCAUCCCCAUCCACUUCCAGAACGCCACUGUGCUCAGCUCACCGUAUUACUUCACCGCUGAGUUCCCAGCUUCCCGCAUACACAGCUCUCUGGCUUUCACCAUCGGAGACAACAAGACCUAUGAGGGCUACUGGAACGCCCCACUGCUGCCCCAUAAGAGCUACAGCAUCUACUACCAGGCUGUUAGCAAGGCCAACUGGGAGACAAAAAUCGAUUGCGUUCGUGUGGCCACUAAAGCCGCCAUUAUUGUGACCCAGCUCACCACACCGUACGUACGCAUCGCACCGGCUGCAGGCGACAGCCAGCUAACAGGGGCAGCGACCAGGAAACCUGAUGCAGUGGAACCCGGAAAACCAGCAGAUCACACAGUGAAGAUUGCUGGAGUCAUCGCUGGCAUCCUCCUCUUUGUCAUCAUCUUCCUUGGUGUAGUGCUGGUCAUGAAAAAAAGAAGAACCUAUCACUCCUACACUUAUUACCUGAAACUUGCAAAGAAGCGUAAGGAGACCCUGAGCAGCAGCACAAGGCAGGAGAUGACAGUGAUGGUGAACUCCAUGGAUAAAAGCUACACAGAGCAGGGCACCAACUGUGAUGAGGCCAUCUCCUUCAUGGACACCCACAAUCUCAAUGGAAGAACUGUUUCCUCACCGUCAUCAUUUACCAUGAAGACUAACACACUCAGCACUUCAGUGCCCAACACCUAUUACCCAGACCCCUUUGUACCAACUGCUAUCUUAGAUGAGAACCACACAAUGACCAGCGAGACGAGCAGCCUGGUUCAGUCCCACACUCAUUCCUUUAAGAAAAGGGAGGCGGUGGAUGUGCCCUACCAGACAGGGCAGCUCCACCCGGCCAUCCGCGUGGCAGAUCUGCUUCAGCACAUCACCCAGAUGAAAUGUGCUGAAGGCUAUGGCUUCAAGGAGGAGUACGAGAGUUUCUUCGAAGGGCAGGCUGCACCCUGGGACUCUGCAAAGAAAGACGAGAACAGGAUGAAGAACCGUUACGGAAACAUCAUUGCAUAUGACCACUCCCGUGUCCGACUUCAGGCUAUAGAGGGGGAGCAGAGCUCAGAUUAUAUUAAUGCAAAUUACAUUGAUGGAUACCAUCGACCAAAUCACUACAUAGCUACACAAGGACCCAUGCAAGAAACAGUCUAUGACUUCUGGAGAAUGGUGUGGCAAGAGAACACGGCAACCAUCAUCAUGGUGACUAACCUGGUGGAAGUUGGCAGGGUUAAGUGUUGCAAGUACUGGCCAGAUGACACAGAGAUCUACCGGGACAUGAAGGUGACACUGAUCGAGACACAGCUGCUCUCAGAAUAUGUCAUUCGAACCUUCGCUGUGGAAAAGCGAGGAGCUCAUGAGAUCAGGGAGAUCAGGCAGUUCCAUUUCACUGGCUGGCCGGACCACGGAGUACCGUACCACGCUACAGGCCUGCUGGGCUUCAUCCGCAGAGUCAAAUCCAAGAGCCCAGCUAAUGCCGGCCCAAUGGUGGUCCACUGCAGCGCUGGUGCUGGCCGUACGGGCUGCUUUAUCGUCAUUGACAUCAUGUUGGACAUGGCUGAGCGUGAGGGUGUGGUGGACAUCUAUAACUGCGUGCGAGAGCUCCGCUCACGUAGGGUCAACAUGGUCCAGACCGAGGAGCAGUAUGUGUUCAUCCAUGACGCCAUCUUGGAGGCGUGUUUGUGCGGUGACACCACCGUUCCAGCCAAUCAGCUGCGUUCAGUGUAUUAUGACAUGAACCGUCUAGAUCCUCAGACCAACUCCAGCCAAAUUAAAGAGGAGUUCAGAACUCUGAACAUGGUCACGCCGACACUGCGCGUAGAGGACUGCAGCAUUGCUCUGCUGCCGAGGAACCAUGAGAAGAACCGGUGCAUGGAUGUGCUACCACCUGACCGCUGUCUGCCCUUCCUUAUCACUAUUGAUGGCGAGAGCAGCAACUACAUCAACGCUGCCCUCAUGGAUAGCUACAAGCAACCAUCUGCUUUCAUCGUUACCCAGCAUCCUUUGCCCAACACUGUAAAAGACUUCUGGAGGCUGGUCCUGGACUACCACUGCACAUCUAUAGUAAUGCUGAAUGAUGUGGAUCCUGCUCAGCUGUGUCCACAGUACUGGCCUGAGAAUGGUGUACACAGGCAUGGACCUAUCCAGGUGGAGUUUGUAUCUGCCGAUCUAGAGGAGGAUAUUAUUAGUAGGAUAUUCCGCAUCUAUAAUGCUGCACGGCCACAGGACGGGUACCGCAUGGUCCAACAGUUUCAGUUCCUGGGCUGGCCCAUGUACCGAGACACACCUGUGUCCAAGCGCUCAUUCCUCAAACUAAUCCGGCAGGUGGACAAGUGGCAGGAGGAGUACGACGGAGGAGAGGGACGCACUGUGGUGCACUGCCUGAAUGGAGGUGGACGAAGUGGGACUUUCUGUGCAAUCAGUAUUGUGUGUGAGAUGCUACGGCACCAGCGCUCUGUGGACGUGUUCCAUGCUGUCAAAACGCUGAGGAACAACAAGCCCAACAUGGUAGAUCUCUUGGAUCAGUAUAAAUUCUGCUAUGAAGUGGCACUGGAGUACUUGAAUUCAGGCUAAGUUGUCCAGAUGCGGCUGUCCCCCUUCCUGUUCCUUGCUGUCCCCCGGCCCUUUCUUUCCUCGGAUAGAGACUAUACCACACAUGAAUGUUGAAGCGCUGGACUGGAAAUGUGAGGAGGUGUGUUGCUCGGACCGCUGUGGCUAUGAUAUUGGCUGAAUGUGGCCAGGAAAUGGUCUUCAGGGUCGAACCAGAGGACCGCACGCUUGCACUGCCCAGCUGAACUGUCCACAGUUGAACCUUGAACUCUUACCCUGUUCCCUCACUUGUCCCUUCUGCUCUCUGUAUGUACAUUUCAGCGUGAGUUGGACAGGUCACACACUCCCCGCACUCACGUGACACAUCUUCUAUUCCACGAGCACACUGAUGUACUUUACUCCCAAGCUGUCCACGUUUCACCACUGCUUAAUAUGUUUCGGCAGGUUUUUUUAUGUUUUUUUUUUUUUUUGUCCCUCUUCUUGCCUGUGACACCUCUGUCUUGCCUUUUUAUCCUCGGUGGAUGAUAGCUGUCAUUUCCAUUUUUGUGGGGAAUGCGAUAUAUGCUAAAGUGGCUGUGUUUAUUUUUAAUUACAGAUUUUUUUUAUUUUAUUUUUUUUGUUGUGAAUUAAAUUUGAGGCAGAAUGACUUGUAGCUGAAGUUCAAAAUGGCAUUAAGAGCACGGAUCCUAAAGGUUGCAUUGACAUUAUUGUGAUUGCUUGUGAAAUGUUGUUGUGUUAAUUGUUGAAGCGAACCACAAGCAAGCUUAAUGUCAUGUCAAAAGAUCCAAAGCUUAUAUUUGUGACCAUUUGUUAAUACUGUAAAUACUUGAAGGUUGACAGAUUAUUUAUUCAUUGAAGGGUUUUUUUUGUUUGUUUUUUUGUUUGUUGUUUGUUUUUUUGUUUUGCUUUUGUUUUUUGUUGUUUUGUUUUUUAUUUUUAUUUUUGUGAAGCACAUUGAGUGACAAUCAUGUUUUUAUUUGGUCAUUAUUAUUUUUCUCUUUUGUCAGGCUUGGCAUAAUAAUGGUGACCAGGAUGUGAUGUUAUGUUUUUAUUUAUCUUAUAUGGAAAAAAAAAAUUACAAAUACAUACAUAUCUAUACUGA